UUCCCCAUCUUUUCCCAUUCGCUGGAAACUACCAAAAGUGAAAAGAAGGAAAAAACAGCAGCAUCCUGAAGAGCGCAAAGAACAGACGCCAUGGGAGUUCUCAAACCUAGAGAAAACCAGGGUUGAUAGGUUCUUUGAAAUCUCUGCCACAAGUAGAUUGGAUGGUCUCAUAACAUGGGUCACAAGUUUCGAUAUUUAUGGCAGGUUGAAGCCAGGCACCUGCUUUGGCUAAUAGGGACGGUGUUUUCUGUGGUUUUUGUAGUUCAGUAUUUUGAACUUCCUUAUGGAGAUGUUUUAUCGUCUCUAUUUUCUGCUGGCGAUAUACCAGCACCUGGAAAAACCAGCUUACCAAGCAGUGAUUCAUUGUCAAAACUUGGGACAAUGGGCAACAUGACAACAGCUCAGGGUUUAAACUCUUCUGAUGUACAUGCAAUGCAUGGAAUAGAUAGCAAUGCCGAGACCAUGGAAGGAAAUAAUGAAGGCCCAAAGAAUGAUUUUGCAUCUGUGAUGAAUGGGGCCCUGGAUAAAUCUUUUGGAUUAGAUGAGGAUAAUAAAAAUGUGACAGUGGAGAAAGUCAACAAUUCAGGGAAUAGGUCUGCACUAAAGAAUGCUAGCAAGCAUGAAUCCAGCUUAUACCUAGAAAAUAUUACUGCAGAUAGUAAUUCUUCAUUAGGCAAAAUCCAGGAAGAUGAUAUGGCAUUGCUAUCACAGAGAAGUGAAAGAUCAGGUGUUGGUUUAAUAUCCCCUUUGCCAGCAUUACCACAGAUAAUUUCAUCAUCAAACACAACCUCUCUAACAAAUUUGGAUCCACAUCCAAUCACUCUUCCCCCAGAGAGAUCUUCAGUGGAGGAAGAUGCAGCACAUACUCUUAACAAGGACGAAAAAGCAGAGACAUCACAGAAGGAUCUUACCUUGUCAAACCGUAGUUCCAUCAGUGUUCCUGCAUUGGAGACAAGACCUGAGUUACCAGCAGUAACAACAAUAUCUGAGAUGAAUGAUUUGUUAGUUCAGAGUCGUGCUUCAUCCCGCUCAAUGAAACCCCGUUGGUCUUCAGCAGUUGACAAAGAGCUACUAUAUGCAAAAUCACAGAUAGAAAAUGCACCCAUAAUAAAGAAUGAUCCAGGGCUUCAUGCUUCUCUUUAUCGAAAUGUUUCAGUGUUUAAAAGGAGCUACGAGUUAAUGGAAAACACACUCAAGGUAUACACUUACAGGGAAGGGGAAAGACCUGUAUUUCAUCAGCCACCAAUCAAGGGGAUUUAUGCUUCUGAGGGAUGGUUCAUGAAACUGAUGCAAGCAAAUAAAAAGUUUGUCACUAAAAAUGGAAGAAAAGCCCACCUGUUUUACUUACCUUUCAGUUCCCUAAUGUUAGAGGAAGCCUUAUAUGUUCCCAAUUCACACAGUCGGAAAAACCUAGAACAGUAUUUGAAGAACUAUUUGGACAUGAUUGGGGCAAAAUAUCCAUUCUGGAACAGAACUGGGGGAGCAGAUCAUUUUCUCGUUGCUUGCCAUGACUGGGCUCCAUCUGAAACACUGAAGCUCAUGGCUAACAGCAUCAGAGCUCUAUGCAAUUCUGAUAUCAGAGAAGGCUUCAAACUAGGGAAAGAUGUGUCUCUUCCAGAAACAUGCGUCCGCAUACCUCAGAACCCCCUUAGACAACUUGGAGGGAAACCUCCUUCACAGAGGCGAAUCCUUGCAUUCUUUGCAGGGAGCAUGCACGGUUAUGUACGGCCAAUCCUGUUGAAGUACUGGGAAAACAAAGAUCCUGACAUGAAAAUCUAUGGCAGAAUGCCUAAGGCUAAGAAGGGGACAAUGAACUACAUCCAGCACAUGAAGAGCAGCAAGUACUGUAUCUGUGCAAAAGGUUAUGAAGUGAACAGCCCAAGAGUGGUGGAAGCCAUUUUCUAUGAAUGUGUCCCGGUCAUCAUCUCCGACAACUUUGUUCCUCCAUUCUUCGGGGUUUUGAACUGGGAAUCCUUUGCCGUCUUCAUCCUGGAGAAGGACAUUCCAAAUUUGAAGAGCAUACUGCUUUCAAUCCCAGAGAAAAGUUACCUGGAAAUACAGAUGAGGGUUAAACAGGUACAGCAACAUUUUCUGUGGCAUGCUAAGCCUGUGAAGUAUGAUGUGUUUCAUAUGAUUCUGCACUCUGUUUGGUACAACAGAGUUCUCCAAAUAAGGGUAAGACCCAAACAAUUACUUGGUUAGUGAAGAAUAAACCUGGUUUUGGACACCAGCAGUGAGAGAAGCAAGAAAGAAGGAAAUGUAGAUAAGCACAUGAAAUUCAUAAAUCUUUUUAAUGUAUUCAUUUUUAUUUU